GAGAGAAAUGGAAGAGGAGGGAUUUGCAGACCGGAUAGCGCGGUGACAUCAGCUUCGAAAAAUGCGUGUGUGUUUGCGAAGCCGAGGGAUCGGGAGGCAGCGAGAGGGGAAGAGGCAGAGAGAGGAGAGAUUAGGCGUUUCCAUCGUCAGACCGGCGACAGCUGCUGGGCGAACUGCAUGGGACAGACACUUAGUACCACUAAGAGGUCUGUUAGUAAAAACAGCUGGAGAAUUGUAACGCUAACACGCAUAUAUAAAUAUUAGCGAAUUACACGAAUAACAUCGCCCCGCUGGUGGAAGGAAAGGAUCCUCCCGAAAGGAUCGCCCGCAUACGAAGUGUGUUUAGUCUAAAGGAAACUGCAUAGAUCGGAUCUACUGGGACGAAGAAGACUUCCUCAUUCUCUUAGGUUAUUCCUCCAGAGCAUCUCCGCACCGCCGGCUGACUCACGCCCUUCCGCCCGGAACCAUGUCGGAGUACAGCUCCCUGCUCAGCGACCUGGCGGAGAACAUCACCCCAGAGGACCUGGACCAGCUGAAGUCUGCCUGUAAGGAGGACAUCCCUGAGAACCAGAGCAACACCAUCACCUGCUCCAAGGAGUGGUUCAGCUACCUGGAGAAGAACCAAAAACUGGCACAGGAUAACCUGUCCUACAUCGAGCACAUCUUCGAGAUCUCGCGACGCCCUGACCUCCUGACCCGGGUCAUUGAGUACCGUACCACCGUGCUGAAAAUCUCUGAGGAUGACGAGAUCGACACCAAACUCACCCGUAUCCCCUCCGCUAAGAAGUACAAAGAUGUCAUCCGCCAACCUUCAGAAGAUGAGGUCAUCAAACUGGCUCCUCCUCCAAAGAAGGCAUGAGGUCAAAGUUCCUGACCUUUGCACUCUACUCCCAUUCCAGCCACCCCCCCCCC